AUGGCCGAUAAUGCUGCUGCACAUGAUGACGAUGAUUUCCAGACAGGUGAUGCUGGAGCAUCAGAAACAUAUCCUCAACAAUGCUCAGCUUUACGUAAAAAUGGCUAUGUUAUGUUAAAAAGUCGUCCAUGUAAAAUCAUGGAAAUGUCAACAUCCAAAACUGGCAAACAUGGACAUGCUAAGGUUCAUAUGGUUGGUAUUGAUAUUUUUACAGGAAAAAAAUACGAAGAUAUUUGCCCAUCAACACAUAAUAUGAGUGUGCCCAAUGUUAAACGUGUUGAAUAUUCGUUAAUCGAUGUUGAUACCGAUGGCUAUGUUUCAUUGAUGGAUGAUAGUUCGGAAACACGUAGUGAUAUUAAACUUCCCGAAGGCGAACUAGGUCAAGAAAUUAGAGCUAAAUUUGAAGGUGGAGAAGGACUUAAAGUUACGGUACUUCAAGCCCUCGGCGAAGAAGCAAUUAUGUCAUACAAAAUAGAACAAGAGUCAAAAAAAUAA